AUGUGUCAAGCGUGGAGGUACACCUUCACAUGCGGACACCAGAGCGGAGAGAAGUGGUACGACCCUGAGAACGCCGAGGAUUGCCCAGAGGCGGUGCGUGCCAAUCGUCGUCACAGGCAAUAUGGAACGCUAUUGCGCUGUAGCCCCUUAUCGACUGCAUCCGUGUCGACGCAAGGUGUUUGUUCGAGGGACAAAUGCUAUGCCAAGGAGUACCUCAUACCCUACGGGGUAAAGCAUUGUGCAAAUCCUCAGGCCGGUCUCAAUCAAGGGCCAUGCCGGCACAACCCUUGUCGUCACUGUCAAGUAGAUGACCCUGCCCAAUGA